AAAAAAAAAUAAUACUAAUAAAACUAAAAUAGUAAAGAAAAAGAAAAAUCAGUGCUGUUUUUAACAUUUCUCAUCUGGACACAUUGGGCAGCAACAUAUGGUAUCAUAGUGGUGGCUGACCUUCUCAUCCAUGGCUGCCUUUACCUCCUCUCUACUAAGGAGUGCCGUAACCAUCGGAGCUUUAGCCCCUUUCAAUCCAUUGAAGCAACGGAAUCCCUUUCGUCUAAUUCACUCAAAUUUCAAUCUUUCUACUCGCCAAUGUACUCGCAGAGCCAUAUCUAGUGUGAGAGCAACACAUGAUGAAGAAGCUUCUGCUAAAGCAGCUGCAACUGAAGCCAAUACUGGAGCUCCAACCAUAUUUGACAAGAUAAUUUCAAAAGAGAUCCCUUCUUCAAUCGUCUAUGAAGAUGAAAAAGUUCUUGCUUUUCGUGAUAUUAAUCCUCAAGCACCUGUUCAUGUUUUAGUAAUCCCAAAGCUCAGAGAUGGGUUAACAGAGCUUGGAAAGGCUGAAGCAAGACACGAAGAUAUAUUAGGGCAUCUUCUUCACGCAUCAAAAAUAGUAGCAGAAAAAGAAGGAAUUAUUGAUGGAUUUCGUGUAGUCAUCAACAGUGGUGCUACUGCAUGUCAGUCGGUUUACCAUCUUCACUUGCAUGUUCUUGGUGGGAGACAGAUGAAAUGGCCACCUGGCUAAUGUGAGGAUUUAAGUGUUUUAACAAAAUGUUUUUUUUUUCUUUUUUUUUUUUAAUUAUCAAUAAUAAUAAUUAAAAUCAAUGGCGAAUCAAGGAUCCAAAGUUAUCUGUAUAUUAACUUUUUACAUUUCCAUAGUCUUUAUUUCUUUGUUGCGGUUGAAGAUUUUUUGUUGUAAACUAAUUUGUAUGUUCAAUACACACAAAAACUAUGUUAAUCUUGA